GUGGACCACAAGUCUUUGUAGCAACUGAGCAUCCAUCGGUACUGGACCUAGCAGGGCUCUCCUUAUGUUGGAUAAGACACAAACAAGUCGAAGUUCCAGUUUUGACCUUGGAGUUUCUGGGUUUGCGCCCCAUCUCCUGAAAAAGCAAACAAACCCGGAACUCCCCACCACCACCCUUUUGUGUGCGCGCGCGAGGGGGAAGGUUGGGAUCAGGGAGGGGUCGGCGUCUUGCUCUGUUCGCGUCUACCAGGUCAGCCGGCGUUUGCAAACUUUGCAGCCGGGCCGCCCCGGCCGCCUCCUUCUCCCCCUGCGGGGCUUUGCGCACGAGUCAGCGCCGUUUUCACACGGGCUGCUGCUCGCCCAGCCGAGAUAAGAGGCAGCUGCCAGCGCGCCGGCCUUACCGGGUUGGAAGGCGGCGGAGGAAGGGGGCGGAAGGCCGGAGAGGUCGAGGCUGAACGGGGGCCUCCACGGGGAAAGGAGCGUCCGUCGGUUUGCACCUGCCGCCGGCGAGGAUGGAGCCGGGCUCGGGAGAAAAGAGCCAGCUCCUCAACGGGGUGGAAGGCAGGUCUUAUUUAGGAGUUGUGGGUAAGAAUUUCCCGAACCCAAUGGUCGGCUACGUUCCGGACCUUUCCUCCUUCGAGCUGGGCCUGAACGGGAACCAGCACUGCCAUUCCAGCUGGGCAUCCAACAGCAGCUACGAUGCUGAAAAAGAGAGAGCUCGGAAGAAGCUCUACCUCGCCUCGGCCAUCUGCUUGGUCUUCAUGGUGGGAGAAGUUGUGGGGGGGUACCUUGCCCACAGCCUUGCCAUCAUGACUGACGCCGCCCACCUCUUGACGGACUUCGCCAGCAUGAUGAUCAGCCUUUUCUCUCUCUGGAUGUCCUCUCGGCCCCCCACCAAGACCAUGAAUUUUGGCUGGCAUCGAGCAGAGAUCUUGGGAGCCCUGUUGUCUGUGCUGUCUAUCUGGGUGGUGACUGGUGUCCUGGUUUAUUUAGCAGUGCAACGGCUGCUCUCGGGCGAGUACGAGAUAGAAGGGAAUGCAAUGCUCAUCACCUCUGGCUGUGCCGUGGCAGUAAACAUCAUAAUGGGCAUUGCUCUCCACCAGUCAGGGCAUGGGCACAGUCACGGCAAUGGGCAUAGUCAUGGCAGUGGGCACAACACCAGUGUCCGGGCUGCUUUCAUCCACGUGGUUGGGGAUUUCCUGCAGAGCAUUGGAGUCUUGGUGGCAGCCUACAUCAUCUACUUCAAGCCAGAGUACAAAUACGUGGAUCCCAUCUGCACCUUCCUGUUUUCCAUCCUGGUCCUUGGAACGACCCUAAGCAUCCUCCGAGAUGUUGUCCUUGUGUUGAUGGAAGCCACCCCAAAGGGUGUGGAGUUCAAUGAUGUGAAGAGUAUCUUGCUGUCCAUAAGCGGAGUGAAAGCCUUGCACAGCCUCCAUAUUUGGGCCCUGACGGUAUCUCAGCCCGUGCUGUCUGUCCACAUUGCCAUCAACAAAGACGCAGAUGCUCAGGCUGUCUUGAAGGAAGCGAGUUCCCGCCUGCAGGGAGCCUUCAACUUCCACACGACGACAAUCCAGAUUGAGAACUACUCCGAGGACAUGAAGGACUGCCGGGAGUGCCAGAGUCCCUCUGACUGACUGUUUAGAAAAUAAAGAGAAUCUGAGGAGAGUUGUAGAGCAGCCUGCAGAUGGAUAUGCAGCCUUGUCAAAACUGCUACCUCAGAAUUCGUUCCAGUGUGACCGUUACUCAGGGCCAAGUAACUCAUUCAGAGUCACCUAAGUGCUGAUGCUUAGUUUGUUGGGAGCAACUGAAAGUACCACUGCGCUCUCUCUCUCUCUCUCUCUCUCUCUCUCUCUCUCUUGUCUCUCUCUCUCUGCUUCUCCCUUUCUUUCUGUUUCUCUCUCUCUCUCUCCUAUAGUUUUAUAAGUACUGUACCUGAAAAUAAAACUCUGGGAUCUUUCUGUUUAUUGAUUUGGCUGUAAUACCUCCUCAAUGCAAGGAGUUUCCUCUUUCUCAGGGGAGUUAGGAUCUUUCUCCUUGUAUCUAGAGUGGAGAUGGGAGAGAAAGUCAUUUCAGUUUGCAUUUCAAGGCAAACUUGCAUAAUUUUUGAAGCGAUACAUGGACUAAAACACCACCCAUUGUUAGUAAUUUGCACUUCUUGGCUGCAGAACUGCACUGCAAAAUUCCAAGUAAUGUGCUCAAAAAUGCACCUGCUAAGGGAAAGUGUGUUAGCUAGUUAGUUAUUUUUGUGCAUAUAAUAGGGUUGCCAUAUUUCAAAAGUGAAAAUCCAGACACAAAAGUUUUUGAGCUUUUUUAAAAAAAAUUAUUUUCAACACAGAAAGCCCUGUUGCCAUACAUCUGGGUUUUCCCAGGCAUUUUGCCAUUUUCCAGAAAUCCUGGACACUAUUUACAACAACCGAUUCCCAAAUAUGUUCGUGGAAACCCAGAUGAAUGGUAGCCCUAGCAUAUAACAUACAAAAAUAUAUUAU